CACUCAGGAUGUCAUUCAAAGUUGUUGUCAAUCAUUAGCUCGUAAACAACACUAAACCUUUCCCUUACACUCCCGCACUUCAGUCUGCAACAUGGCUACAGACCCUUUACUUGCGGUCGCCGUAGACACCAACGACCACGCAGCCGUAGAUUUCCCAACAGCAUCGCCGGGGCUUCCAGGCCGUCUUUGGGCCAUUAGCGAUCUCCACCUGUCUUACAAGACGAACCGCGAAGAGCUUCAGAAGCUUCUACCUCGACCCAAUGACGGACUGAUUCUAUGCGGCGAUAUUGGCGAAUCUCCAGAUCACCUCCACGAAGCUUUCACGAAAGCGACAGCCUGCUUCAAGCAAGUAUUCUGGGCCCCGGGAAACCACGAAUUGUAUACUCUACCCACACAGAGACACAGCGGCCUGCGCGGGGAGAAGAAGUAUGAAGAGUGCGUUGAGAUCGCUCGAGAAUAUGGCGUGAAGACGCCCGAGGACGACUUCGUCUUAUGGCAAGGCGAGGGCGGGCCCUGUAUAAUCGCACCGAUAUUCACGCUGUACGACUACAGCUUUCGGCCGGAUGAUGUCAAACUAGAAGAUGCUCUCGAUUGGGCGCGAGAAAAGGAUAUUGAGGCGACCGAUGAACAUCUACUUCAUCCAGAUCCGUACUCAUCACGCAUAGAAUGGUGCAAUGCGCUGUUGGCGCGAACAGAGCACCGGCUGUCUGCAGCUGUCGCAUCGAACCCCGGUGUGCAAUUGAUCAUUGUCGGGCACUGGCCGUUGCGACAUGAUCUGGUGAAGCUUCCCAACGUUCCGAGAUUUAGUCUUUGGUGCGGUACAAAGAAGACAACAGACUGGCACAAGAAAUUCAAUGCUAAAGUCGUUGUCAGCGGCCACCUGCAUAUCAGGAGGACGGAUUGGAUCGAUGGCACACGAUUCGAAGAGGUUAGUCUGGGCUAUCCCAGGCAAUGGCAGGAGUGCAUGGACAGAGGAUUGGAUGUGAAUGAUCUCUUGAGAGAGAUAUUACCUGGCCCUGAAGAACCCCCGCUAGAACAACGCGCUACAAGAUGGAGACGGUACGGAUGAGGCUGUCAGGUGCAAACAUAGCUCCGCUAAAGACCGUUAUCGCUCGGCCAGACUUGUUGUGCCGCGCAAACCACAAUGACACCUGGGAGGUAGACCGCGCUUUCAUAUCAAUUGGCGGGUCAUUCUACGCUCUACACCAUAUAGACAACUCCAUUUCCCAACGUGGUCGUACUUUGAAUCUCGUUGUACGUUCAUGUACUCAUCCCACUACCCAGUCUCCUUCCUACAAGGGUAACGCAAGUCAGAUGGGAUCGACCAAUCCUCCCGUCCGCCUAAACCACGCACUGGCCGACCGCACCUGUCAACCCCAGGCCGCCCCAGACCCUUUGGUGGGAACGCAUGACAACCUAAUAUAUGAAUGCCCAGGAUCCGCACGAACUAUUUCUCCAUGCAGCAUUCAACCCGAUCCUGCAUUAAACAUGACUUGCGCAUCACUGCUCGGUG